CCUUCGACCCCUCGCCCGCGGCCACUGCCUCGAGUCUGUCGGCUCCGGGUGGAGAACGGCGGUCGAUAGGUCUCCCGCCCGCUCUCCCCGAAGGCUGCAGCGGCUUCCACUCCGGCUGCACUGAUGAGCUCUCUGGCUCAGCCGUCCGUCGCCCCCGCCAGCCUUGCCGGCGCUGCGUUCGACCAGCUGCUAAAGCCACCGGCGACGAGCCCCAUCGGCGCCCCACCGCUCGAUCCAGAUCAGGCGGAUCUGGGUCCCGUCUCUCGGCCGGCUCCGACUGUGCUCAGCUCGAGGCAUGUCCCCCGUUGCUCCUUCAUCGAUGGCGAGGGGGGAGUGGCGGCUUCUCUGGACGCAGUACCUACCGCUUCAGCUCCGCAAGCCGCUGUUGCAGGUGACGGGCUCGUCGUGGCGGCUUCUCUGGACGCAGUAUCUACCGCUUCAGCUCCGCAAGCCGCUGUUGCAGGUGAUGGGCUCAUCGUGCCUCCGGUGCGCCCGGGCCGUGGAGACUGGCGAGGAUGUUUCGACCGGGUGGUGGCGUCGACAGUUCCUGUGGCUCCAUGCAAGAAUGUGUUGGGGGGCUGGCAGCUCGUCUCGAGAGAGCGUCGCUCGGCUCCUGCUGCUUUCCAUUGCCUUGCUGUUAAUGUGCGACGUCCCCCUCCGGUGUGGCUGAGAGACAGGUGUUUCCGAUGCUUGUGUCGAGGUCAUCGGGAAUACCCCUGUAGGGAUCCAAUUCGAUGCACGGAUUGUCUUCGAUCCGGCCACAUCGCCCGCUUCUGCCGUGCUAAGAAGCAUGUUCUCCAAGCUUCGCCACUCCAAUGUCCUACUCCAUCACCUGCAUCCAGCAGUGACAUCUCCAAGACAAAUGUGCAGUUCCAGUCUAUCUCGACUGAGAAAGUCGGGUUGGUGGAGGAGACAGAGCUACUUCGCACCGAGCCUUAUGACUUCCUUGCACGAGUCUGGAGUGUUUUGGGGAGGGCGAAGGCCGCUCUCGCCAAACUAGAGGUGGUGUCGGAUGUGUCUUCGCUGCCUGAGCUUCAGAUUGGGCUUGUGCCUUGAUAACGCAGGUAGUGGCCCUCAUUGAUUCGGUUUACCUACCAGAGAUGACCCC